AGAUGAAGGUGAGGAAGAGUGGAAGACACAUGAACCAAUAUACAGUGAGAUUUUCUCUCUGAAAUUAAAGAAAAAAUAAAAAUAAAGAUAGACAGUGUGUCAUUUGGCAAAAGCAAACAAAGUUACACAACACAACACAACAACAACAUUUCAGUAGAAAGAGAAGAAUAGGACGAGGAAGAAAGUAUGGCUGCAACAUUGUUGGUUUCAUGCAAUCCGAAUGUAAACCAUGCAUGUAGAAAUGAUAAUCCGCCAUUACCCAAAUCUUUCAUGGGUGUUGGACACAAAAUCCUGGAUCCAACUAGAGCAAGUGUAAACCAAGGGCAUUAUAGCUCUCAAACCAAGAGGUCGUCUCAUCAGUUUUCUGUUUCUGCUGUCACCAAAGGUUCUGCAAAAUCAAGCAAGUCCGACGAGAAAAUCCCUCUUUGGGCUAGACCAGAUUCUGAGGAGCCCCCUCCUUGGGCCCAGAGCGAAGGAAAGAAAGACGAUUCAAAAGAAGGAUUUGAGGUUCCGUUUUAUGUUUAUCUACUUGCCUCGGCUGUGACUGCAAUUGCUGCAAUAGGUUCUGUUUUUGAGUAUGUGAACGAUAAACCUGUCUUUGGAGUUUUGAACUCAGACAGCAUAUUUUAUGCUCCAGUGCUUGGAUUUUUCGCAUUUACCGGCAUUCCCACUUCUGCAUUCCUGUGGUUCAGAUCUGUUCAGGCUGCUAACAAGGAAGCCGAGGAGCAAGACAAGAGGGAUGGCUAUCGAUAGGUUCAAAAUCAUGCCAUUAGGGCAUUAACAGCCAUCUAGACUUUAUCUCUGCAACAUAUAUGUUCGUUUUCUUUCCUUUUACGUGAAGGAAUCUGCAAACAAAUGAAUCUCAUAUUAUGGAAGAUGUUUGAUGUCGC